AUGAAGUUUUUAAGCUUGGCAAUUUUCGUGGGACUUUUCUUAGCGGCCUGUGUAAGCUGUUCAGUGGCUGCUAAAUCGGCUUCGAACAACAAUGGUAAGUAGCAGAGUGUAAAUUGUUUUUAAUUCAUUUUUGAAGACUAUGAUUUGCUGUACUCAAUGCGUUCUCCCAAAACAUUUUCGAAUCUUUGAAAGAUUCGAAACCGUUUUUACAACGAUUGACAUUUUGUGAAUUUUGCUUUAAGCCCGCAGAAAAACCAUCAACAGUGGUGACUUGAUUAUUUUGAAAUCAGCUCAUAGCAAUUAUUCGAAACUUUCACUAAGCUGCAAUAAAUCUGGCUGCCAAUGGACGCAUUGCCCGUCUAAGGUUUCGUCGUCGUGCUCACCCGAGAAUGCGGAGUUCAAAAUAACAGCCAGAGGAGAAACGCUGGGAAAACCCAUCAAAAGCGGGGAAAAAGUGUCGCUGACCGUUAGAAAGUACGGUCCUCAUGACAAGCUGACUUGUGGCAAAUCUUCAACCACGCAGUGCCAUUUGGCUUCGUAAGUAUUCAGCUUUAAAUUUAAACACUGCAUCAGCUCUUCUUGGAAAUUUAACUCAAGCACCAUCGGACGAGAAGAUGAAACUAAUGUCUAUAGUUGACUUUCGGCCUGUACAAUUUUGCUCUGAGUCAGUUGUCACAGUUUCUCUCUUGGUCAGUAUUAGGAACUCAUAGGCAAAAGUGGUUUUACUUGGCCAAAACCAAACUUGACUGCUAGAUAUUUAGUCAAUUAUUGCUUUUUGACCUCCUUUUGCCACUUUUUUCUCUAGCAUUAAAGGCGACAUGAAAGGAAACAACUGGCUGAGAUACGACGACGCCACUUUUCAAAUAUUCUCCAAAGAGGCAGAGGAUUCUACUCCCAUCCACAAUGGCGAUGUGGUGGGACUCAAGUACUUACACAGCUCCAGCAAAGCAUGGCUGACCAAAAGUGGCAAAUUCCUUUAUCCGCGUAGCUGUAGCAGAAACGACAAAACCUCUUGCGCAAAAGAGGACAGUUUCACCGGCUUCAAAAUCUUCAAGAGCUGAAGUUUCAAGAUCACAACUUUGAAGCUGGAGUUCUCAACCAUAAAUUUAAGCAUAAACAGUUUAGAUCAUUUAGUGACCAUUUUGGGAAGAUAAUUAAAUAAUUUCUAAGGGAUUUAUGUUUUAUUUAACUUUAACUUUUUGCUUUUCAAUAAAAGAGUUGAGGAUUCGAUGGCGAUUAAACGUCUCAUGGUACUUAUGACACGACGGCUAAGAAUAAAACAAAUGAUCUGUGAGCCUUUGCUCCUUAACGCUGUUUCACCUUAAUGAUGUUAGAAAUCACCCUGACUGUUUUUCAGUUCGUUUUGUUUAUCACAUUUUCUGUGGUGUUUUCUUUUAAUCUGGGUUACUUUAGCUUCAACUGAGGGAAAAAAAAUGAUCUAAUUCCAAUCCAAUGUAGCAAACACGUCAGUCCCUUCACAACGACAACAUAUACUGAUAAGCGACCUUCUAUUGAGGGUUUUUCUUUCUUUUAUAGUGGAACCCCCAUAUCCUCGGUGAAGCAUCUUCAAUUAAGUACUCACUGACUCUGGAGAUAUGAAUAAAUAGCUAAUAUUUGUAAUCAACUAUGUGCAAUGGGGCAUAUUUAAUUUUCACCAAAGAUUGACGAACACGUAUAUUUUUGCGAGGGAUUCAAAAUGAAUUUUCGGCCGAGAUUUUCAAACGGCGGUAGAAUCCAGUGGGUGAUUAGGUUGAGAAAAUGGGACACUAAAUUUUAUCAUUUCUUCUUGCCAAGGUUUUUCAACGUGUCAGCUUGAGUGCAAUCUUGUCAAUCGAAUACUUUUUUCUUCAAAGAGUAAUUCAGCAAUGCAUUGAAUCAAUACAGACACCGAAACAUUAUGUGCAACUGUAUAUGAAGCAAUAUUUCCUGCCGUUGAAAUUGUUAUUUCAGGGGCACCCAACGACGGUUUUCUCCUUAAUGCAUUGAAAACACUUUUUAGUCCACCCAGAGUACGUUUAGAUCUCUAGAAAUGCAUUCUGAGCGGCGCUAUAAAUUUUUUAUCUGUUCGGUCAUCCUAGGGCCACUUGAGUCUUUUCCAAGUUAUAUGGGCAGUCAGUAUUAUUUUCCCGAAAAUUUUAGAUGCAAUUUAAAGUUUUACGAAGUUAGGAUUUUUUUGUUAUUCCUCUCUCCAUCGCAUUUUUAAAUCCGAAAAAAGUUUAAGUUUCCUUUUUCGACAAAAACCAACCUGGGAAGUGAAAUGCGAAAAAUUAAACCUCAGAAAAUCGUAUUUAUUUUAGAUAAGCUAGGAAAAUUGUACAGGAAUGGAACGUUCCUUUAGAAAUUUUUUAGCCUUCCUCAAACUAUAGAAAAUUCUAGGCAUUUUUAGUUUCUCCGAACAGAUAUUUUACAGAAAACAGUUGUUGGGUGCUCCUGUUAUUUCCGCGGUGGCUGGUGAAAUGAAGGGAUACAACAUAUAAUGGUGCGAAAACGGACGAUCGGGUUCUGAUUAGUAAGCGUUUUUUUGAACCGCACAGACUUUCAGAAAUCAUAUAGUAACACAAUUGAAAUUACUACUACGUGUCAAUACGAAAAUAGUCAUAAUUUUAUUUUGUUCACUGCCAAACAAGCAAUGUUCUACUUGAUGGACUUAAAGUUAUCGAUGAUGUCAUCACGUCUGGCGGAACGUGUUAGUUAACUCCCUAAACAUGUUUCGCGUUUUAAAUAAGAAACCUCUAAUAAACGUCACAUUAAUCAUAACAUAAUUAGUCUUAGUUAAGGGAAUUUGAAGUCUGUGUCAGUCUGUUCAGGCGUUCACAGAGUCGUCAUCGAGUAUGAAGUUUCUCGGCGUGACCGUUUUGUUGGCUUUAAUCUCUCUUGGCGGAGUCAACUGCUAUUCCGUUAGCAAGAAUAACCUGCAAGUAGGUUGCUCCGUACCGAUAGAAGAUGUGUGGACCGACUUAUCGAGAGGUAAGACUUCGAUAAAGCGUUUGAUGUUGUUUCAGUUUUAUUUAUUCAAGAGUCACUCGCCUAAGCGAUGUACUGGAGACUUGGAGUGUCGCCCCGUUCGGUUUGUCUAAUAAGAGUGUAAACGUUUCGAGUUCAUUCAAACUUUUUGUGAUUUAAAUCACAGCAAAAUGCUUCUUUUACAAAACGAAGAAAACGGCUUUACAAUUAGUGUGCGUCAAAUAUCUUUCUUUCAGCUUUUGGUAGUUUAGUGCAAAGUUUUAAUAGGAAUUUUUUUUUUGUUCCAAGUCCACAGAUAUCCUGUCAUAAAGAGUGGAGACCUUAUUGUGCUGAGAUCAGCGCACAGCAGUUACUACCAGUACUUGAUGUAUUGCACGACUAGUUACUGCUACUGGAAGUCUUGCUCUGGUAGUCGGAGUAUGACGAAAUCAUUGUGGUCUUCAUGUUCUUCCUUGUCCAAGUUCUAUAUCACCGCCUUUGGCAAAAUAAAUGGAGAACCCAUCAACAGUGGAGACACUGUGUCAUUGAGUUCUUAUGGCUAUGGUUCCAGGUACCGGCUGAGGUGCACAUCAUCGUAUACCUGGUACUGCAGAAUGCAAUCGUGAGUAAACCGGCACCUUGUGCUUUAUACUUGUGCUUUAUAGGCAUUGUUAUAAGCAUAAAUAUAUGUUUGACAGCUAAAUUUGUUUAUUUGACAAUUGGCUUCAUUUGUUUUUAUUCUAAAUAGAAUCACCAGCACAAUGACUGGGAACCAGUGGCUUUACUACUCGUACGCCACCUUCGAGAUUUACGCCAAAAACGCUGUGGAUGGAACCCCCCUGCAAUAUGGUGACGUCGUGGGCCUCAAGUAUCCCUACUACACCUCGAGUACCUGGCUCAUGAGGUAUAGCAGCUACUAUCGUCCUCGUAGCUGUAGCAGUUACAGCAAGACGUCCUGUGCAAGGGAGAAUACUUACACUGGCUUCCGGAUCUUCAAGAAGCUGUGA